UGAGCAUAAUGAGGAACCAUGUUCGAGUGUGAAGUUGUUUAUUUGUGUCAUGGCGAAAGCGUGCUUCGAACACCUUGAACAGUAUAUUGGAUACUCUUAACAUACGAGUAAGCAAUUUUAUUUGUUCUUGCAAACUAUGGGAGAUGGCAUCUAACUCACUUAACUCUUCAUCAGAGGCCUUGCCUGCCUCCGACAGUGACAUGAGUGCUGAUGAAAGUCAAUACGGGAAGACUCAAGAUGGUAACAGAAUCGCCAGCCUUCACCAAGAAAAUCGUGUCUUAAAAAUGGAGCUAGAGAUGUACAAACUGAGAACGAAAUCGUUGCAGGAAGAAAACAAGGCACUGAGACAAGCAAGUGUUUCAAUUCAAGCAAAGGCAGAACAAGAAGAAGAAUUCAUUUCCAAUACUUUAAUGAAGAAAAUACAGGCUUUGAAAAAAGAGAAAGAAAUACUUGCUAUGAAUUAUGAGCAAGAGGAAGAAUAUCUUACCAAUGAUCUUUCAAAGAAACUGUCACAACUACGAAAUGAAAAGGCACAUCUAGAGCAAACAUUGGAACAGGAACAAGAAUUCCAAGUUAAUAAACUCAUCCGUAAAAUAGAGAGGUUGGAGGCUGAUACAAUGGCAAAACAGACUGUUUUAGAACAGCUAAGAAAAGAAAAGGUUGAUCUUGAAAAUGCUUUGGAACAGGAACAGGAAUCAUUAGUCAACAGAUUGUGGAAGAAAAUGGAAAAGCUGGAACAGGAAAAAAGGCUUUUGCAAGAAAAGCUUGAGCAGCCAGUCUCAGAGCCCCCUUCGCCUAGAAGAACAUCUGAGGUAGAUGUGGAUGACCUAUCUUUGAAUGUCUCUGUACUACGAGGAGAAGUGGCUAACCUACGAGACCAGCUGAGAAAUGCCAGUGUAAUUUAUAACAAAAAGAUGAUGAUGUUUGAAAAGGAAGAGCACCAGUUAAAAGAAGAGAAUAUUAGAUUACAAAGAAAGCUGUUCCUAGAGAUGGAGAGGAGAGAAGCACUGAGUAGGCAGUUAUCUGAAAGCGAAUCAAGUCUUGAAAUGGAUGAAGAAAGGCAUUUCAACGAAAUGGCGGCACAGGGUGCCCCACUUAGAGACCGAGCCAUUUCUAGCCCUAUACCUUAUCCAGCUCAACCUCAUAGACCAAAAUCGCCUGCAGCUGUGGCUCCUCCACACGGACAUGGCUUUACAGCAUUCACACCACCGUCUCCAAGAGGAGGUCGGCUGUCUUCUGGGAGUGGAUCGGCCAUUGGAGCAUCGCCACCUUUCUUGCAGAAGCAGUCUUCAUUUCCAAACACAAGCCCAAAAAUCGGAAGAAAGCCCCAGAGGCCAUUGUCAGGACAUUGAAGGCAUUGAGAAGGAGACUCGUUCAGUCCAUUGUUUACGUUUAUUGCAAAAUUCAAGAGAAACUACAUUUGUGCAAUCAGCCCUGCAACUGAAACUCUUGAAGCCCUGUGACUUGCAUUUGCUCAACUUGAAUUUUGUUGCGAUUAAACUCUAUUUGAUUUAAGCCUCGUAGUGGUCAGAAUGAAGUAGAAGUCGCCUCUUCACAAUAAAUUGGAAUUUGAACUGGGAAAAUAGGCUUGUUUGGUAGCAAUCAAUUCGAAAUGGGAAUAGAAGUGAUGUGCACUUUAUCAAGAUAGAAUAAUAUCCCUUUCUAUCAAAAGCCAGGUCCACCAAAUUCCUACUCAGAUGUGGUGCUGUUAAAAUAGGUCCGGUGAUCUGAAUUCACCUUGUGGCCGGUGUGAAUUUCAUUUUUAAGGCGGCAUUUCCAUUCUUCGUCUCCCAUUUGAAUUAUUAUUGAUAGAAUACUUGUUCCAUUUUUAUUAAGCUAUUUUUGUUUGCUACAACCAAAUGAUUUUAGUAGCUGAUCCACGUAUUCAAUGCAACAGUAUGAAAUCUUUCAUUUUUUUCUGAUCACUUAUUUCGCGUGUGUACCAUGGCCUUUUUAGAUCUUACACAUCGUUUAUUGUCACAGUUGAAACUUUGUUGCUUAGAAACGGGAAAAAGAAGCAAGGCAGAAGUGGGUUCUGCUUUUCUCCCACGAUUUGUUUUGAUAAAUUGCUGUUGUAUUUUUUGUUUGUUUGCAUUGCUAUAAAGAUUAAUGAACGUGACUGAACCCACAUAAAAAUUUAACAAGA